GGGAGUAUUUGAUUCUGUUGUACGUGUGAUACAAAGGCUGGCAGCCCAGUAAAUAAAGUCCCAUCAACGCAUGACGUAGAUUACAGUCAGCGUUCUUCUCACCGGUGCGAGGUCUGGCCCUGGAACGCACUGCUUUUUAUUUCAGUAUUUCCAGUUAAUUAAUCACGACCAAACAGGGUCCUUCCUUCUUUAUUUUUAUUUCUCACAUUUGGAAACCACACAACCUACAAAACUGACGUUCCUUCGGUGAAGGUCGCUUUUGCCUACCCCCACCCAUUGAAUAUUAUUAUUUUCGGGAAUUCAUCGUUGUCAAGCCGCCAAAGUGGAGAGUGUGAUUGCAGAAGGGGGUGCUUCUCGUUUCAGUGCUUCUUCGGGUGGGGGAGGAGGUAGGGGUGCCUCUCAGUACCAUCCCAAGACUGUCGGCAACAGCGAGUUCCUGGGGAAAGCCCCAGGAUCUAGCGUUCAGAGAUGGGUUCCUUCACGAAGCACUAGACGAGAUGCCAAUGCCUCCAACGAAAAAGAACGACAUGAUGCAAUCUUCAGGAAAGUGAGAGGCAUACUUAAUAAACUGACCCCCGAGAAGUUUGACAAGCUAUGCCUUGAGCUCCUGAAUGUGGGCGUAGAUUCAAAGCUCGUCCUAAAAGGAGUGAUCUUGCUGAUUGUUGACAAAGCCCUCGAAGAGCCCAAGUAUAGCUCGCUUUAUGCACAGCUAUGUCUGCGCUUGGCAGAGGACGCACCGAACUUUGACGGCCCAUCGCCAGAGAUCCAAACGUCACAAAAACAAAGCACCACAUUCAGGAGACUUUUGAUUUCUAAGCUUCAAGAUGAAUUUGAGAACCGCGCCAGAAAUGUUGAAAUCUACGACAAACAUGACAACCCUCUUACCUCUGAGGAAGAGGAGCAGCAUGCCAUUGCCAAGUUUAAGAUGCUGGGCAAUAUCAAAUUCAUUGGGGAACUUGGCAAACUCGAUCUUAUCCAUGAAUCUAUCCUUCAUAAGUGCAUCAAAACACUUUUGGAAAAGAAGAAGAGAGUCCAACUUAAGGAUAUGGGGGAAGAUUUGGAGUGCCUCUGUCAGAUAAUGAGAACAGUGGGGCCUAGACUCGAUCAUGAAAAGGCUAGGUCUUUAAUGGAUCAGUACUUUGGCCGUAUGAAAUCCUUAAUGAACAACAAGGACUUGCCGGCAAGGAUUCGUUUCCUGGUGCAGGAUUCAGUGGAGUUGCGAGAGAACAAUUGGGUGGCUCGCAAAGCUUUUAUCGAUAAUGGACCAAAGACGAUUAACCAGAUUCGUCAGGAAGCAGUAAAAGAUUUGGGUGUUUUUAUUCCACCAAUGGCCCAGGGAAUGAGGACUGACUUCUUUUUGGAGGGGCCUUUCAUGCCUAGGUUGAAACUUGACAGGGAAACUCUUGGAGGGUUGGCGGAUAUGUUUGGACAGAUGCCAGGGAGUGGGAUCGGCACAGGCCCUGGAGUGAUUCAGGACCGGUAUUCACCCACCAUGGGCCGUCACCGCACCAACCCACUCUUCAACGGCCACAGUGGGCACACAGCCCCUGCUACCCAGUCUCAGUUUGAGAUGGGAGGCAAGCCCUUCAUCAAAUCUAACCAGGGGCAGAAUCCAAUUUUCCAGAACCAGCAACAGCAGGCUCAGUCUAAGGACAUGGCACCGCGUUUCAUCAAGAAAGGAUCGCUCAACGCUGAUGAGGUACAACACCUGAUCAGUCUAAGGCCGGCACAGUCAUUCCUUCUCAACACAAACCAAGUGCCAAAGUUGCAGCCGCAGAUACCAACAAUGAUUCCUCCAAGUGCUCAACCUCCACGCACUCAAACGCCACCACUGGGACAGCCUCCUCUGCUUGGUCUGAAAACCAACCCUCCUCCAAUUCAGGAAAAACCUCCAAAGACCACCAAGAAACCGCCUCCUGCAAAGGAAGAGUUGCUUAAGAUGACCGAGACCAUAGUGACCGAUUACCUGAACAGCAAAAACAUUGAUGAAGCUGUGAACGGUGUAAGAGAGAUGAAGGCUCCCAAACACUUCCUGCCUGAGAUGUUGAGCAAGAUCGUGAUCUGUUCUCUUGACUGCCCAGACGAAGACAAGGAGCAUGCCAGCACCUUGAUUCACACACUCCGCACAGAGGGCCUUGUUACUGGGGAGAGCUUCAUGCGGGCUUUCCUCAGUGUUCUGGACCAGUGUCCCAAGAUCGAAGUGGACAUUCCUCUGGUGAAGUCCUACUUGGCCCAGUUUGCGGCGCGAGCCAUCAUCGCAGAGCUGGUGAGCAUGGACGAGCUAGCCCACCCUCUGGAGAAUGGCACCCACUUCCCCCUCUUCCUGCUUUGUCUGCAACAGACUGCCAAGCUGAAGGGCCGUGAGUGGCUCACUGAUCUAUUCCAGCAAAGCAAGGUCAACAUGCAGAAGAUGCUGCCUGAAAUUGACCAAAACAAGGAUCGUAUGCUGGAGAUCUUGGAGGGCAAAGGCCUGAGCUUCUUAUUCCCACUCAUGAAGCUGGAAAAGGAACUGCUGAAGCAGAUCAAAGCAGACCCCUCUCCCCAGUGCAUCUACAAGUGGAUCAAGGACAACAUCUCCCCUAAGCUCCACACCGACAAGGGCUUCGUCAACAUCCUCAUGACCAGUUUCUUGCAGUUCAUUGCCCAAGAGAUAAAUGCCAGUGAGGAAGAAGACCAGUUAUCAGCCCCCACUAAAGAACAGCUGGACCAGGAGAAGCAGCUGCUGCUGGCCUUCAAGCCAGUGAUGCAGAAGUUCCUGCAUGAUCACCAGGACCUGCAAGUCAGUGCCCUCUACGCACUGCAGGUCCACUGCAACGCUAAAACUUUCCCUAAAGGAAUGUUAUUGCGCUAUUUUGUCCACUUCUACGAUAUGGAAAUCAUUGAAGAAGAAGCCUUCCUUGCAUGGAAAGAAGACAUAACUCAAGAGUUUCCUGGGAAGGGGAAAGCAUUAUUUCAGGUGAACCAGUGGCUGACCUGGCUGGAGACUGCUGAGGAAGAGGAGUCUGAGGAGGAAGCUGACUGAAGAACCAGCCAAAAGCCUAAUGGUGCAAAAAUGCUAUUGAUAUAAUACUGCUUUUGUUUCCUUCCCAUCCCCCCCUGUCCCAAUAUGAUAUGCAUACAUAACCACUGCAACACUUCAUUCCGCUAUCAAGUUUUUGGCCAUGUUAAGUCAAUGCAUGUUGGCUUUUUUUCCCUUUUUGGCUCUUUUCUAGCGCUUAAGCGUAAUAAUGGUUUGCCAUCUGUUUUAAGAGCCCCUUUUAAGAUCAAUGGUAUCAGCUGCUUUGAAUCUAGACUUUUGUUUUUCUGCAAGACAAUUGAAUUGCAAGGGCCUUGUUCCUGCUGCUGAAUUCUAUGCUUUUAUUUUUUUGUUGUUAACCAAUUAGCAACACUGUAGAGAUGCACUUUGCUCAACGUCAUACAUGAGUCGUUGCAAUAUUCACUCAUCCCUUGAUUGUUACAAAGAAUCCUCAACUGUAAUCAUUGGUUACCAUGACAUUAAUGGUUUAUAUUUGCUUGUGUUUCUACCUCCUCAUUAUGGGCUUCAUGUGUUGGGUUUGAAUUGCUUAAUGUCUCCAUUUCAAAUGAAAACACUUAGUCUGGACUAAUGCACAAGUCUGUAAUAAAAAAAAAAAACGGUUUUACUUGCACUAUAAUAUCGUGAUUGUAAGAAUUCAAAUUCAGACCUUUUUUAAGUGCUUUUGUGGAUGUAUAGCACAUCACCUGGGAGAGAUGAAAUGAUGCGGCCUUGUUAAUUUAUCAACCCUCGUUGCUGUGUACCUCCCUCUGUAUCUGUCAAACAUUGUGAUACUUGAAUUUUCUUUACAGGGAACAACCAAACAAUGGGUGAGUUGGUUUUGCAUGGCUCGGUGCCCCAGGUGGGUGGCGAUUUCACUUAAGGACCAAUGGAAUGGUCUAAACAUUUGCAAACUAACCCACCUGGGGCAUCGGGCCAUGCAAAAUGAACUCACACAUGGUCUGUUCUCAUGCAACAAUUUUCAAACUACACAAGUGCAACAUGUUUUUAAUUGGUGAAUAAAGUUAACAUGAGAAAUGAUUUUGAUUUUGUUACACUUUAACUCUGCCCCCCCUCGUGAAAAAUUGAAGCCUGUUUGCCAUAAUGUCUGAUCCAGAUAUUUAUUGAUAGUUUUUAUCAUGAUUAAAAAAAUGAUCAUCUCAACUUAUUAUGAUCUAAUGAAAUCACGAGGUAUACAUCUGUACAGUAUAACUUUCUAUAAGUGUUACUGUAAGGUUCUGUAACUGCUAAGAAUGUUCGUGUACCACUAUUGCUUAACUUUCAAAUAAAGUUAAACACUGAGUUCA